AUGCCUAUAAUGACUGGGAUCCCUCCACAACAUGAUAUCAUGAAGUAUGAUAUAUUUCAUAAACCUUCUCCUGAAACUUCUUCAAGCAGCCGUAAACGUAAACAAGAAACUCAAUACCCUUCUAUGGACACUCAUCUACUUAAUAUCUCUUUUUCCCAAUACCCGGGAAUUUAUGCCGAGUCCUUUCAGUAUGAACGUCAAUCUGAGGAUCUGAAAGCAUCUAUUGUCACCAGUACCUCUUCCUCUUCUACCAGUUCAUCUUUUAUGCAAUCUAGUCCUGCUUCUUUUGAUCUCCCUCUUGAACCUUUGGUGACCAGGACUCCGCAGUUUCAAGCAUUUUUGCCCAAUAACCCAGAAGGGAGUCAUAAUGAGGGCGUGGGAGAAAAUAACAAUCUGACAGACAUCAUGGUAGACUUUGAUACGCUUGCUCAACCCAAUACUUUUCAGCGCAUUGUUCAAAGACCUAACCUGCAACUUACUGACUUGAAUGUUCUUCACCAACGUCACCAGCAACAGCUCAUUCAGUCGUGGGACAACACAUCGUCACCAAUGCACUCUCCUUCUUCUCGUUAUUCACCAGGCACGCCAGGCUUUUUCACACCAGGCUUUCUCGAAUCGCUCCAAGAAGAUGAAGUCUAUGAUCACAGAAUAGGCAUCGACUGGAACACAAACACUCCUCCUCAUCCUUCUAAUGAAUCUAUGGAAUAUAACGCCAUGAUAUCACCAGAAAAGAGCUUGGUCGCACAAAGUGGAGAAGGUGUCACCUUCUUUACUUCAUCAUCUCCAACUGAUCAUGCAUUGCUUGGAAAAGAAAAAACAGCAAACCGUCGAGCAUGCAUGGGCGCACCCAACAGCCGUAUGCUUCAAUUAUCAGCCAAUGCAGCCAGAAUUAAGCCCUUGGUGCAGACGUACUUGGCCAAUUCAGUCAGUCAAGAAGCAGCCACACGUUUAGGCGAAAAGACAGUAAUCAUUCUCACCAGCAAAGUGGCUCAGAAGAGUUAUGGGACUGAAAAAAGAUUUCUAUGUCCUCCACCCACGACUAUUCUUGUUGGCACCGGCUGGUGGACAGCCAAGGAUAAGGCGGAUAGCAUGGGCAAUGAGGUUCUUCGCGUGUCUGGCCUGGAUAAGGACAUCAUCCUUGCUCCCCCUAAACUCACUGUUUCCAUUUCUGGCGAAACAUCCACUCAAGCAGGGCAGAUUGAAUGGUACACUGUUUCUGGUGCGACGGUUGGACAAACCGGACAGAUCAAAUCAACGUCGUCUCAAGGCAAAGAAAACUCGAGCCGUUUCAGAAGCUCAGAAUCUCGUCAUCCUCCUGUGGACAUGUAUCAUAACCACCAACAGGAACCUCUCGCAGCCGGCAAAUGCGUAUCGAAACAUUUAUACAUCAAUGACGCCGAUGAGAAACGUAAGCGUGUUGAAUGCCUCGCUCGACUUCAGCUCGCGAAUGGUCUUCAAUUGGGCACACUCGCCAGCAAGGCCAUCAAGGUGAUCAGCAAGCCCAGCAAGAAGCGACAGAGUGUGAAAAAUAUGGAACUGUGUAUUCAUCAUGGCACGACUGUCUCCUUGUUUAAUCGUAUUCGUUCUCAAACUGUGUCUACGAAAUACCUAGGCGUCUCAACUAGCGAAGGCACACCUCUUGCCUUCCCCGGACUCUCUCUUCAAGCGAAUACGUCGUCAGAUGGUACUUGCUUUGUCGCUCGCACAACCAGCUGGGAUCCCUUCAUCGUCUGGAUUGUUGACACAUCACGAUCGCCUGGAGAACCUGUUGAAGAAAGUGAUACGCCUGAAGAUUAUAUCGGACCCAAUGUUCUCAGUCGAAGCACGCCUUAUCCACCCCCACCUGCAAUUGCUCUCAAGAACAAAACAAGUCAGUUGAUUCCGAUCCAUUACAACCAGCACAUUGUCCUCCAGUGCCUGACGACCGGCCUGGUCAGUCCUGUGAUGGUCAUCCGCAAGGUGGACCGCGCAUCGACCGUCGUUGGCGGUGCGAGAUGUACAGACGACCUGACGGGUGGCGGUGGUGAAUUUGGAGAUGAAGUCUUGGGUGACCCUGUGUCCCAGUUACACAAGAUUGCUCUUCAGAUCGUACAGGACCCUUCAAGCGCUCAGCAGCAAUCACUGCAAGAUAUGAUGAUGCCCCGAACUUCUCAGCCUGUGACUUACUUGGCUUGUUUAAAUGAUAUGGUCGGCAUGCACAAGACAACCGAAGGCCGAAAACCAGUGACUGGCAGUGUAACCAAACCUCUGAACAGUCAAGCUUGGGAUGAAAGCUUUUCGAACGACCUGUUUGAUAUCACUUCUCAAGAAGGCGGUAAAAUAAUCAGAAAGCGACGCGUGUCGACCGAUGUGCAGAUGGCAAGGCCUCCUGAGAAGCUCAUGUCGUCCAUGUCCCUCUCUGAUCAUUUACCCACCUCAUCUGAAUUACUUCGCCACCAAGAGUUUCCUCAUCGACGCCGUGUGAAUAGCUUAAAUGAUGAACUGUACUAUACAAGUAUCCCUCAACACAUGUUUCAACAACAGCCACAAAGCUCAUUGAAUGAAGCUUCGCGUAAAUCAAGUAUUAGUAGUAAUGGUAGUUCAUCCACUACCACCACCACCACGACUGCCAGACGAUCUUCUGUCGCCAGUACAGCGGGUAACAAUCUCAAUAACCUAGGCGCUUAUUGGAGCGAAGACGUUUCUGAUGCAGCUGUAUGGACCAUUGUAGGCACAGAUUGUGCUACUUACACAUUUUGGUCUCCCUCCUUGGAUGACCCUUCCUCCUCACUAUCGACCAACUCAUUCCCUUCACUCUCGCACUUUUUCACAAGUACAAACAAAUCUGAUCAGGAACGGUUCCUGACGAUGCAUGGUGAAAACUUUUCAAGAGACCUUCAAGUAUGGUUUGGUGACGUGAAGGCAGCUCAGACAGAGUACAGAAGUAGAGAGCUGAUCAUUUGUAAAGUACCUUCAAGACAGGAGUUACUAGAGACCAAAGAGUUGUAUGGUAAUAUACCUAUCUUGCUAGUACGAGGAGAUAGCACAAUUUGUAAAACUGGUAAAUAUUACCCAUUGUAA